CCCCCUCUCAUUCAUCGUAAACACAACACAAUACUAUUCAAAUGGCUCUUUUCUCUUUUACAAAAUUUUCACUACUUGUUUUAUUUUCAAUUUGUCUCCUGGCCUGCACCUCAUUGGCUCGCGAUCAUUCCAUCGUUGGAUACUCCUCUGAUGACUUGACUUGUAUCGAUAAGCUCAUAAAUCUCUUUGAUAAAUGGAUGGAUAAACACGGAAAGAUUUAUAAGAGCAUUGAAGAGAAAUUACAUAGGUUUGAGAUUUUCAAGGAAAAUUUGAAGCAUAUUGAUGAAACGAAUAAAAUGGUUACCAACUAUUGGCUUGGUCUUAAUGAGUUCUCUGAUUUGAGCCAUGAUGAGUUUAAGAAAAUGUAUUUAGGACUGAAAGUUGAUCUUAAUAAAAGAGAGAAAUUGUCUCAAGAAGAAUUUGCGUAUAGAGAUUUUGUUGAUUUGCCUAAGUCGGUGGAUUGGAGGAAAAAAGGUGCUGUUACCCCUGUGAAGAACCAGGGUCAAUGUGGGAGUUGUUGGGCAUUUUCAACGGUGGCUGCAGUAGAGGGAAUUAACCAAAUAAAAACAGGGAAUUUGACAUCGUUGUCUGAACAAGAGUUGAUAGACUGUGAUACAACUUAUAACAAUGGUUGCAAUGGAGGCCUAAUGGAUUAUGCAUUUCAAUUCAUUGUAUCGAAUGGUGGUCUUCACAAAGAGGAUGAUUAUCCUUACCUCAUGGAAGAAGGCACUUGUGAUGAAAAAAGAGAUGAGUCGGAGGUGGUUACUAUUGAUGGUUACCAUGAUGUGCCAGCCAAUGAUGAACAAAGUCUAUUGAAAGCACUUGCAAACCAACCUUUGAGUGUGGCCAUUGAGGCUUCUACUAGAGAUUUCCAAUUCUAUAGUGGGGGUGUGUUUGAUGGGCAUUGUGGAACAGAUUUGGAUCAUGGAGUGUCAGCAGUAGGAUAUGGAUCCACAAAAGGAGGAGCAGAUUACAUAAUUGUGAAGAAUUCAUGGGGGCCCAAAUGGGGAGAAAAGGGUUUUAUUAGGAUCAAGAGAAACACAGCCAAGCCCGAAGGACUUUGUGGUAUUAACAAAAUGGUCUCUUUCCCACUCAAAAACAAGUGAAAUGAUACAAGUUUUUCUGAAGAAUUCAUGUUUUAUGUACUACAACAUAUGAUGUAAUAAAUUUGUUUUUGUUUGGAUUUAACUCUACUUUAUAUAGUA